GGUAUUGCCUAAUAGAUCCAUCCCAUUUAGUCUAUGUCAUGGAUUUUUGAAAACUUGAAUUGAAUACAAUAUGGCUAGUAGCAGCACAACUGUAGAAAUUGCUGCUUCCCCUAAAGACUCAACAACAGACCUGCACUCAAAUGAAAGACUCUUCUUGGAUUUUUGUGAUAAAGAAGCUCACUCUGCAGCAUCCAGCUUUUUGUCUGCUUGGUCACACUUCAAAGGAUCAAGUUCUCAACUGUCUUUGGUAGACAUUGAAGAAAUCUGUGCUAAAUUUUUGGAAUUGCUUCCUAAACAUAUUGAGUCACUUAUACAUGAGCAAGGCUCAUCACCAUCAAAGCUCACCAAUGGGGUAAAUGAGCCUAGUGCUACAGAAGCUUCUGUAAUACCAUUGACUCCAGAUGACUUACUUGAAGUUACAAGUGAUGAAGGCCCUGAGUCCCCAUCUGUGCGUGCUGCCCCAAGACCAUUCUUCAGAAAGCUGUCUUUCAAAGGUCUACGCAAGCGAAAAGGACUAUUCCUGAAGCAGCAUUCUGAUGAAGUAGAACUAUCUCCUCAUCGAGACAAAGUUCCAGGUUUACUAUCUGAACGAGGUGGGAGGUCUUUGCGCACCAUCAAGGUUGUGAUUGAUUGUGUCCGAGAAGGUGUGGUGCAUUUGCUAGCUGGUGACAAUCAAGAGGGGCAAUCUCACUGGAUAAAGUCAAGACUAGCCCUCAUUUCAAUGCCUGCUGGUUUUGUUAUUGAGUUUUACUCUCCUCCUAAGAAUAUGAAAGCUCGUUGUGGUGUCUUCUGUCAUUCUGUCUGUGAGGUUCGGGAGACCACAGAUCUAGAGAUGCCUGACCUCAGGAAUACAUUUGUUAUUAAAGCUGACAGCGGUGCAGAAUGGGUUGUACAAGCUGUUGACCAUGACGACAAGAAAGAGUGGCUGGCGUGCAUAAUUCGCUACUGCACACCCAGCACUCGACCCACCACUCCUGCCAAGAUGGACCGCUCCCUUCUGGACCUAACAGGCGUUCUGCGUGUUGCGCGCACCAAAGACCAGAACGGCCAGCAGCUGUUGGCUGAGCAGGAGUCCACGCUCAGCCUGGGGCCUUUGGCCGGCUCCAGUUUACUGCACCGCCCCGACGUGACCCCCGUGAGCACGAGCACCCUGAGCGUCCACCCCAGCAACAGCUCUCGCUACCUCAGCUCUGCGGCUCAGCUCGAGACGGCAGGCGGCAUACCAGAGGGAGAUGUCGUGGUCGCCAUGCCUUCCUUGUCAUUAGGUCUAGGUGACUCCUCCGGUGACGAGAUCGACGAUGUGGCGCUGGCGAGCGUGACGGCAGCCAGUCUGGGGCUGACCGCCGGCCUGGGCGGUGGUGCGCGGCUCCUGCCACACGUCGCCCUCAACGCCGGCAUCGUGCACAGACUGCCGGAGCUGCCAGGGCUGCACGAGUACCCUUGGUUCCACGGGCUCAUGGCGCGUGGUGACGCCGCUGCCGCCGUGCUGCACGAGGGCUCCGACGGUCACGGCGUCUUCCUUGUGAGACAGAGCGAGACGCGCCGCGGCGAGUAUGUGCUCACCUUCAACUGCCAGUCUCGCGCUAAGCACCUACGACUGACCAUCAACCCAGAUGGUACCUGCCGAGUACAGCACCUUCCCUUCAGCACCAUCUUCGACUUACUCGAGUACUUCAGAGUGAACCACAUCCCGCUGGAGUCAGGCGGCAGCUCGGACGUCACCCUCACUGACUUCGUUGUUUGCACCGACGGCAGUGACGAGGACGGCAGCAUGUCCGGCCACCAGCACGGCGGCGCGAGUAACGGAGGCUCUGAGAGACGUCGCCUCAACCCCCCCAAUCAGCCACAGUUCAUCACUCACGGAGGGUCGGUACGGUUGACGCUCGCGGAGUUGGAGCGCAUGCAGUACGAAGCAAGCAACUCUGGCGGGUCAUCAGGCCGUGCAGUAGACAACAUCUACACCUACAACUGAGGGGCGCAGCUGCGUGAGCCAAACUUCUUAUGAAAGUUGUACUUCUUCAAUCGCAUAGCAAAGGCAAUUUAUGCUUAACAAGCCCGGUGGAGAGGAGUCAGAUGAAAUGCGCAACUGACUGCGUAUAACCUGCUGGAAAUAUAGAAUUAGGCGAUUAUUUUUGCUUAAAUUACUCGGAUUCAAGUCUUGAUUAUUGUAUAUUCUGAAAGUGUGGCAGUUAUAAAAUCGAGCGUAUCGUUUACAGUUCUGUGAAGAGUAGAACUAUUCAAUGGCCCUGCUUGAAUAAUUUGCCCAAAUUUUUUAUUAUUUAUGGGUCAAUAACUGAUAAAAGUUUUGAUUUAUUCAGAAGUGCGACGUUUAGUAUCAGACAUCAGGAACUUCAUUUCAAGGCAGCUAUGUCUUAAAGUUGCCUCGUUUUCCUUUAUUUGUGCGACUCAUUGUAACCCUGCAGUAUAAUGGCCCAUAUCUGCGUCGGAUGCAUGACAGCUGCCGGUUGUCGCUCGAGUUGCAGUGACGGCAAUCUUGGCUUGACCUCCGUAUUUUUCGCGUUGUUGUUAUUGUAUUAAUGCUGCCUUUCAUGUUGCAUUACCGCUGCAGCUUCAUCACACAUAAUUGCUGCAAUACUGAUGAUGGAUGGCACCAGAGUCUGUAAAAACUCAUCAGUGCAAUAAUACUAGUCUUAUCUCAUACCUACUAGUCUCUUCUAGUCAUGAUGUGCGACUCUGUUCACUAAGUUUUAAUUCUCUUACUCUGUGAUAUUUUGUUUGCGUUGUUUUUCCUUCUUAAUCUUUUUUUCCUCUGAGUAGUCUAUGAGAUUUCGUCUCGUUUUAAUUCCGCGCUGAAUUGUGGAAAUCCUUGAUUUGUUUCUAUAAGGAAAGUGCUCCUAGUCUGCUGUUCGACAGAGUGGAUCCUUCCAAAAUCAUAACGCAAAAUCGAAGUGUUUAUGAGUUUUGGUUAAUAACAAAGAAAAGUUAUUGUAGGGGUAAAUAUAGGUCCAAAUGUAGAGUACUGGAGUAUUUUUUUUUAAUAAAAUCGACUUUUUGGUCAAACAAUAUCAUGCUCUAACCGUGAUGUCAUUUUCUGCUCUCCUUGACGUCUUUGAUGUAACGUUUGUUAUUGCCUGAUGUUGAUUUAUUUUGAUGGUCUAGACAUUAAGCAUUUUCGUGUCCACAAUUUUUUUUGGACUAACUGCAGAGAAAGGAAUAACGAAGUCUUCAAUUUGUAGAUUGAGGAAACUUCAGCACUCUAUACGCGAUAAAUUGUUCUGUGCUGUUGGAAUGUCACUACGCGGUUUCCGUUAGUGCUCUGGUUCUUUGACUGUAACUCUAUCUUGCGAGAGAUAAACUUUAUCUGUUACGUUCUCCUGUAUUUCAGGAAGCAACAAUUACUGCUACAUCAGUGAAUACCAGUUAACGUUUUCAGUUGCAGCAUUUCUCUUGACAUAGUUUAUUUUAUUUUUAAUUUAGUAUGUUUGUUCAUCGUUCGUAGUUUCGUUAGUCAGUUUAAUGAUAUCUUACAAACUACGCCUGACGUGUAGAUGCUCUAUGAUAGAAACAAUGUUUGCUUGUGAAAUCGUCCUAUGUGCUUAAAAAAUUUACUUCAUUAUUUUCUCUUGUGUUCAGAUGAAUUGUCAGGAGAAAGUUUCAUUUAUAAAAAUAUGCGCCAUGAGACAAUGAUUAAUUCCAAUUGUUGUACUACUGUUUUCUUUAUUUAUUUGCCAAACGAAUGAUGAACGAUCAUACUUACCUUCAAGUAUUAUCCUAUGAGGAUGUCAUAAUUAUCUUAAAAUUGCACAAGUGAGUUCAACAUGCUAAGUUGUGUUGUGUACAUAUGUUCUCUGGUAACGCUGGAGUUAGAUUCUUAGUGUGUAUUGUUGACGAUAUGUAAUAACAUGAGGCCAGACUUGCAUGAUGCCUAACAUGUCGACGUUAGUCGGAUCGUGCCAAAGUAUAUCAAUUUUUGUAGUGUAAUUUUCUUUCUAAUGGGCAAUUGUUGUAAGAAACUCAAUUGAAGAUCUCGCUUCUCUUUCUUUGAACUCCUUAUUUGUGUUUAGCCGAUGAAACUCGUUUGCCUGCGUUCUUUGUUUAUUUCAGUCUGCCGUUGCGCGUCUUGCUUUCGUGGUUGCCAGCAAAUUUGUCCACUAUUGAGUCGACGUCAAUCCUCGCAGAGAUCAACUCAAUUGCCAGUCAAUUUGAUUAAGUUUAUAAAAGUACAAUUUAUGGUGCUCAAUUUUUAGUUAUAUAUUCACCUCUAUUGAUCAGUUGUUAAACCUCAUACGUUAAUAACGUUAUUUUAUUUUUAGUGGAGUUUAACAAGAAAGUCAUGUAGACAUUGGUGAACUUAAGCCCUAUGCUAAGUAAUGGUACUAAUUAGUUGGAUUUUCCUACAUGUAUGUACCCCAGAUUUGCGUCCGUAUCAUUAUUAAUCAAUGGUUCUAAUUAUUGUUUUUUAUUAAACGUGUGGCCGUAUCUCUUUAGACUCGUUUAUGGUUCUCGGCACGCAUAUUGGUCUCAUAGAGCGAGAUUGUUUCAGUUACAAAUGUCUUCUAGUCGGUAAACUUGAGUAUUAGUACUAAUUUAAAUUUUUUGUUUUAGUUAAACAGCUGCUCUAUUCUAAGAAUGGUUACCGCGUGAAUGGACUCGUAAUUUUGAAGCUCUUAUUGUGUGUGCUCUCUAAGGUCUCCUCUUCGCCCUGCUCAUGUCCAUGUUGUCACUGAUGCGAGGUGUGCGCAAUACUUCAUCUUCUUUUAAUCAAAUCAACUCUCACAACAAACUAGUUAAUUUAACUUCACGAAAUGUUUUAAUAAAAUUCCUUAUUGAAA